ACAUUGUUGUUGAAAGCUUGUUUUCAACUUCCUCAAUGACAUUGCCAUUUCCCUCAAGUUUUGUUCCCUUGGUGAUUAUACUUUUAGUAGUAGUAGGGGUCAUUUUCCCAGGAGCUGAGGCCAAGUCCAAGUCGUCCAAGCCUAAGCCCAAGCCCAGCAGGGCUUUCUUUGUGUUUGGAGACUCACUUGUUGACAGUGGCAACAACAAUUACUUGGCCACCACUGCAAGGGCUGAUUCCCCUCCUUAUGGAAUUGACUACCCAACUCGCAGGCCCACGGGUCGUUUCUCCAAUGGCCUCAACAUUCCUGAUCUUAUUAGCCAACAACUAGGUGCUGAGUCUGUCCUGCCAUACUUGAGUCCACAACUGAGAGGUAACAAGCUUCUACUUGGAGCCAAUUUUGCUUCAGCUGGAAUUGGCAUUCUUAACGACACCGGAACUCAGUUUCUAAAUAUAAUCAGAAUGUAUAGACAAUUGGACUAUUUUGAAGAGUAUCAGCAUCGACUGGCCUCUCAAAUUGGAGUAACAAAGACCAAGGCACUGGUGGAUAAAGCAUUGGUCCUUAUCACUGUUGGUGGAAACGAUUUUGUUAACAACUACUACUUGGUGCCUUAUUCUGCAAGGUCUCGCCAGUAUUCACUACCAGAUUAUGUUAAAUUUCUCAUUAUAGAGUUCCGUAAACUCUUGCAGAGAUUAUAUGAUUUAGGAGCUCGCAGAGUUAUUGUGACUGGCACUGGACCAUUGGGUUGUGUUCCUGCAGAAUUGGCAAUGAGAGGAACAAAUGGAGGAUGUUCUGCUGAACUUCAACGAGCUGCAGCAUUGUACAACCCUCAACUACUGCACAUGAUACAAGCUCUAAACAAGAAAUUUGGCAGAGAGGUUUUUGUUGCAGCAAACACAGGACAAAUGCAUAACGAUUUCAUCACUAACCCCAAAGCAUAUGGAUUUACUACAUCAGAAAUUGCUUGUUGUGGGCAAGGACCCUACAAUGGGAUUGGGCUGUGCACACCACUCUCUAACUUAUGCCCACACAGAAAUUUGUAUGCAUUUUGGGAUCCAUUCCAUCCAUCUGAAAAGGCAAACAAACUUAUUGUGGAGGCAAUUAUGUCAGGUUCUAAAAUGUACAUGAACCCGAUGAACCUCAGCACCAUCCUAGCAUUGGAUGCUCCCUCCACAUGACAUCGUUGUUAAUUUGAAAUUGGGAUUGUUUUUCAUUUGUAUCAACUAUCAAGUAUGUAAUUUGAAUCAAUUAUUGAUGAAGUAAAUAAUUGACAUCUCGUUCUUUUCUU